AUGAACGUCGCCAGCUCCAUCGUCCGCCGUGGCCUUGAAGCCCAUGCCACCCAUGGCGAAGAUGUCCAGAAGAACCUUCCCGUCUGGGGAGUUCUGAUGUUAGCUGCUACAGCAGUUGUCUAUAUCGUCGCGAUGUUCACGAUCGAAUACACCUUUGGUCGCCUCAUCCCCACAUUCCUGAUGAUCGAGUCCCCGGCCGACGACGUCUCUUUCAACUCUCUUGCGACUGAGGACCCCGACUCCAUCAUCAAAGACCCAGAGCCAGUUUCUUCCAAGCCCCAGUUCAUCACUUCGAGCUUCCGCCGCACAAUCAGACAUCUGGGAGGGUUCAACGAACGAUUCCGUGGCGUUUGGAUCUUCAUCGUUAACAACUUUCUCGUUCAGUGGAUCGCCGGCAUGCUAGCUGCCGUACCCAUCAUCAGAUUUGUCCCUAGAGGUUUCUUGAUAGUUGGCGCCACUGUUGCUCUCGCUCAACUUUCUCUCGGAUGGACACACAUCGUUAUUUCUCCGGCCAGCCCCAAGACAUGGUUCCGCCGUGUCCCGCCGAAGAGCAUGUGGAAAAAGGUUGCUAUUCCAACUGCUGUCUUUGCUCUCGCUGAGCAGAUGGCCGUCUGGAUCCCACUCUACCUUGCAGUGCUCGCUGGUAUUGUCGAUAGUACUCCUGAUAACGUGGACAAGAUGACCCCGCAUCAACAGACUGUCAUGGGCCUCAAGGCCAUCGGCAUCGCAGUCCUCGGCCUGGUCCUAGGAUUCUUGGUCGUCAUCCCGGCUAACGUCGCUCUGACGCGCGUUCAGGCAUCUCUAUUGGACGAUGCUGAAGAGACUAUCGUUCCCUUCGACCGCAGCUUCGGCGGAAAAGUCGUCCCCGAGAUUGUCGGUGGCAGCGGAGUCAUUGGCAUGCUUGAGGCGUGGAAGUCUUUUGACUGGGAUUCUCGCAUCAGACUCAUCAAGGCCUAUUGCAAGGUGUUUGCCAUGCAAAUGGCGGUCACCCUUAUGUUUACUGUCUUGUUGGUCAGCCAGCUUUUCAUCAUCGUUGGUAAGGACUGGUCAAAGUUCGUUCCUCAGGAUGGUAACAAGGGCAACUAA